AAAAAAAAAGUCACUUCAUAGUUUUGACACUGUAAUCAUUAGAUUUGCUUUUGCUUUAGUUUUUAUCAAAAUUCAAAGAUUUUCUGUUUAUUCUCUUCCAACGAAAUGGUUUCCAAUAGGUUUGAUUCGUUUUUCUUAAUUUUUUCCAGUCAUUCUUGCAGCCGAAGCAACAGUUCUCAAACAAAUAAUCUAAAAUGAAUUAUUUCCUUCCACAACGUGAAUCUUUGUUUCAUAUAGCGUAUAUGAAAAGAAUGUCAAAUAAUUUGUCACAGUAUUCAGUUCAAUCAAUUGCAGUUAAUCGAUAUUAAGGAGUUAGUUUGGUUGCCAGAAAACACUCCAAAGAUUCAGUUAAUUCAAUUCCAGUUUAUUUUAAGAGUAAAAAUUCGCUAUUUCAUUUACGUUGUUUCCAAAUAAAGAACCAGAUUAUUAGUCAAAAACGAGGAAAUAAAGUGUAACUUUAUUUCCGUUAGGAGUAAAAAACAUUUAAAAAAUCCGAUACUGCUUAUUUUUUCAAAAAACAAGUGCUUUUAGGGAUGUGUAAACAUAACAAAAUUAAAAGUCUAUAAUACCAGAGUAACCUUAUUAGAGAACAGCAUUGAUUAUGUAACCAUUUCGUUUAGUAAAACGUGAGAAAUGCAAUUUUGAUGGAUGUUAACGUUGCGAUAGUUUAUCGUAAACUCAAAUAAAAUGAACACAACCUAAAAUGAGGGAACAGUCCAUCGAUGUUACACAAAAUGUAAUCAACGAAAUAGAUAUAGAAAGCAAUUUUCUUGAGAGAAAAAACAAAUAAAAUUGCAAAACUUUAACAGCGCUAUGGCAAACACAGCUUCAGAUUAGUAAAAAUCGGUUUCAAAAAAGCAAUUCUUUGGAUGACAAUUGGUAAAUUAAUGAUAACUGUUAUCAAUAAGGUGAAAAACCACUUUUCACACAACUGAUUACUCUUUCGGCAACCAUGUUUAAAACAUUUCUAUAUUUCGUAAUAAUCUCAGUUAGUUACAGUGAGUGUGCAAGAAUUCUUGGCGCCGUUUUCACCCCAUCUUACAGUCACCAAGUGGCAUUUCAACCAAUAUGGAAGGAACUCUCACUUCGAGGUCAUCAACUGACCGUCUUGACCACAAAUCCACUAAACGACUCAACUUUGAAAAACUUAAUCGAAAUCGACCUCAGCAUGUCCUACGACAUCAUGAAAGAGUACAAAGCCGAUGAAAUUUUAUCCUCAAAUAACGACAGUGUUGCCGUACGUAUAAAAAAAUACAUGGAAGCAUUGCACGUCAUAGCAGACAAGCAAUUAGCACAUCCCAAAGUACAAGAUUUGUUGCACAACAAGAGAAACGAUUUCGAUUUAUUGAUGGUGGAAGCUAUAUAUCCCACACAGAUGGUGUUCUCCUGGUGGUUUAAUAUCCCCUUCAUUGGAUUGAUUUCCCUGGAUGCGCCUUCUCGAAUUCAUACCGCUGUGGGUAAUCCAGUCCAUCCAGUUUUGUAUCCAGACUACGAUCUACCGUUUGAUAAAAACUUGAGUUUUGGGGAAAGAGUGAUCAGUACUUUGUUUCAUUGUGCUAUGUUGCUUUAUACCAAAUUUCGGUUGCAUGCAAGAGAGGAGAAAACCCUAAGGAAAUAUUUUGGUGAAGAUACACCGCCGAUUAAUGAAAUACAGAAAAAUAUGAGCAUGUUGUUCAUCAAUGCCAAUCCGAUUUUUCACAACAUCAGGCCUUUGGUGCCAGCUACGAUUCAAAUUGGGGGCGGUAUACACUUGCAUGAACCAAAGCCUCUCUCAAAAGACAUUCAAGAAUAUUUAGACAAAUCCAACAACGGCUUUAUAUACUUCAGUCUUGGUACAAACGUUAAAAGUGCAGCCCUUCCACAAAACAUCAAAGAUGCAAUCUUGCAAACUUUUGCUGAACUUCCCUACAACAUCCUCUGGAAAUUUGAAGACGAACACAUACCCAACAAACCAAAAAACGUGAAAAUUGUAAAGUGGUUACCGCAAACUGCAGUUUUAGCUCACAAAAAUAUCAAAGCAUUUAUUAUGCAAUGUGGCCUGCAAUCCAUGGAAGAAGCAAUUGUUUACAACGUUCCAAUGAUCGGGUUACCUUUUUACGGAGAUCAAGGAAAUAAUGCAAAAGUUCUAGAAAGUAAAGGUCUUGGCAUCAGACUCAAUACCGAAAAACUGGAGAAAACUGCGUUUUUAAAUGCUAUAUUGACCGUCAUUUCGGAUCCAAUGUACAAGGAAAAUUUGAAAGAACUUGCAGCACUCUACAACGACCACCCGAUGUCAGGGUUGGAAAAAGCGAUUUGGUGGACUGAGUAUGUAAUCAGACACAAGGGGGCGAAACAUUUGAGAUCUCACACGAUUGAUGUACCAAUGUAUCAGUAUUUACUCCUUGAUGUUAUCGCUUUCAUAGCAACAGUGUUAAUUGUGAUAAUUUACGUUAUCAAAAUCACAAUUAAGUUCAUUUUCAGGAAGAUUUUUAGGAGAAAGUCCAAAACAAAAAAAGAGUAACACAAACCUGUUAAUGUUUUUAUUGGUAGAAAUUAUUUUGUUGAAAUAAACUGUAUUUUUUUAUUCAGCCUAUUUGUAAUAAACGCUGGAUAAUAUAAAUUCAAAAUGGCUUUGGCUUCUUUUAUCAUAUAUUCGACGUUUUGUAGAAAAUCCCUAAAAUUAAAAUUGUACAUUUUACAGAUAAUAAAUGAUAAAAACGUAC